UCCAGUCGCUUGCAACACCAUCACCCAUCACCCAUCGCCCAUCACCCAGCAGCAGCAGCAGCAGCAUGAGUAAUGGAGCGGGAGUCGUGCAGCAGGAUCUGGGAGCCGGCAAGACGAAGCCAAAGGCCCAGCAUGACUACAAGGGCUUUGUGGCCGGGGUCUUUUCAGGCAUAGCGAAGUUGACAGUCGGCCAUCCAUUCGACACUAUCAAGGUCCGGCUGCAGACGACGAAGAGCUCGCGGUUCACCGGGCCGUUGGACUGCUUGCUGCAGACGGUGCGAAAUGAAGGAGUUACAGCACUGUACAAGGGGGCUACGCCGCCGCUGAUGGGCUGGAUGGUCAUGGACUCAGUGAUGCUGGGCUCGCUGACGCUGUACCGACGGCUGCUGCUUGAGCAUGUCUUUGCUAACCGAGAGCUGCGAGCUGCGCUGCCGUUCGUCAGUCCCACGGUGCCCGACAAGCUGUCAACGUUCGGUCAUGGAGUUGCAGGCAUCCUGGCCGGGUCAACGGUCAGCUUCGUCGCGGCGCCAGUAGAGCAUGUCAAGGCCCGGCUGCAGAUACAGUAUGCCGCCGACAAGAAGCAGCGGCUCUACCAGGGCCCCAUUGACUGUGCUCGCAAAAUACUGCGUGCCCAUGGACUGCCAGGGCUCUAUCACGGCCUCGGCUCGACCUUAAUCUUCCGCUCGUUCUUCUUCUGCUUCUGGGGAAGCUAUGACAUCUUCUCGCACGCUUUCACACAGUACACGGAUCUUUCUGCGCCUGCCAUCAACUUCUGGGCCGGCGGACUCGCUGCCCAAGUGUUCUGGGUGACCUCCUACCCGUCCGACGUCAUCAAGCAGCGUAUCAUGACGGAUCCGCUGGGCGGCUCGCUGGGUGACGGAGAGCGCAAAUUUCGACGCUGGAGAGACGCCGCUGUCGCCGUGGGUAGAGAGGGCGGGUGGAGAGCAUACUGGCGCGGCUUCCUGCCUUGUAUUCUGCGAGCAUUCCCGGCUAAUGCGAUGGCCUUGGUCGCCUUCGAGGGAGUCAUGAGAGCCCUUCCAUGA